AUGGCGGUGCAGGUGCAGGUGCGGGUGCGGGUGCUGCUGGCGCUCUUCGGGGUGCUCGCUGCCUGCCGGGCGGCGGCGGCGGCGGAGCCGGUGGCGGGGGGCACCAGCCGGCGGCGGCGGCUGAGCGCCGAGGAGGGCAUCUCCUUUGAGUACCACCGCUACGCCGAGCUGCGGGAGGCGCUGGUGGCCGUGUGGCUGCAGUGCCCCGCCAUCAGCAGGAUCUACACGGUGGGGCGCAGCGCCGAGGGCCGAGAGCUCUUGGUGAUCGAGGUCUCCGACCGCCCCGGCGAGCAUGAGCCCGGAGAACCAGAAUUUAAGUAUGUCGGGAAUAUGCAUGGAAAUGAAGCUGUCGGGAGGGAGUUGCUCAUCUUCUUGGCUCAGUACUUGUGUAAUGAAUACCAGAAAGGAAAUGAAACUAUUAUCAACUUGAUCCAUAGCACACGUAUCCAUAUCAUGCCAUCUUUGAACCCGGAUGGCUUUGAGAAGGCAGCAUCCCAGCCCGGUGAACUUAAAGACUGGUUUGUUGGUCGAAGUAAUGCCCAAGGGAUAGACCUAAACCGAAAUUUCCCUGAUCUUGAUAGAAUAGUCUAUGUUAAUGAGAAAGAAGGUGGCCCUAACAACCAUCUGCUGAAAAACAUGAAAAAAGCUGUGGACCAGAAUCCUAAGCUUGCUCCUGAAACGAAAGGUGUCAUUCACUGGAUUAUGGAUAUUCCCUUUGUGCUCUCUGCCAAUCUUCAUGGAGGAGACCUUGUUGCAAACUAUCCUUAUGACGAGACUCGGAGUGGCAGUGCUCAUGAAUACAGCUCCUGCCCCGAUGAUGCUAUUUUUCAAAGCCUGGCUCGCAGUUAUUCUUCUUUUAAUCCCGCUAUGUCUGAUCCAAACAGACCACCAUGUCGUAAAAAUGACGAUGACAGCAGCUUUGUGGAUGGAACAACUAAUGGCGGCGCAUGGUACAGCGUCCCGGGAGGAAUGCAGGAUUUCAAUUACCUCAGCAGCAACUGCUUUGAAAUCACAGUGGAGCUUAGCUGUGAAAAAUUCCCACCUGAAGAAACUCUGAAGGGCUACUGGGAGGACAACAAGAACUCCCUUAUCAAUUACAUCGAGCAGAUUCAUCGAGGAGUGAAGGGGUUUGUUAAAGAUCUUCAGGGCAAUCCAAUAGCAAAUGCUACAAUUUCUGUGGAGGGUAUAAGCCAUGACGUUACAUCAGCCAAAGAUGGUGAUUACUGGAGAUUGCUUGUGCCUGGAAAUUACAAACUUACAGCCUCAGCACCAGGCUAUCUAGCAAUAACUAAAAAGGUGGCUGUGCCCUUUAGCCCUGCGGUUGUGGUUGAUUUUGAGCUGGAGUCAUUGUCUGAAAGAAAAGAGGAGGAGAAAGAAGAGUUGAUGGAAUGGUGGAAGAUGAUGUCAGAAACACUAAAUUUUUAAAUGAAGAUUUUGGCUUUACAGCUUUUAAUCUAUUAUAUGUUGACUUAGUAUAAUGUACUGUGGAAAGUCCCUAUAUUCUAGAUUUUGUGCACUUCACAAUAAUUAACUUUGAAUUUUUCAGUCAUCUUUUGAUUAAUAUGAUUACAAAUAACUACUGGCUUCCUUGCUAGAUAAAUAAGUUAUUAAUUUUCUUUCAUAUUGUUUUAGAACAUUUACUCCUAUAUACAAAUCAGAAAAAAAAUGAAUGUCUCUGCAGCCUGUAUGGAAGUACAAUCUGUUGUGUAUUAUUUGCAAGUUCAGAAUAUGUAGGUUAACUCUUGAUUUUAAAAAAGAAAUAUGCUGUAGUCAAUUCCCAAUACUGCCAGAAUAUUUGACAGUGCAUAGUAGUAGACAGUGCUCUUUACCGAGUUCUAUAAUGGAUGUUAUUGAAAAGAUUUAUAAUAACAGUGUGUGGUGUAAUAAUGUUUUACCAGGAUUAAAAUUCAGUAUAACAUUUUGUAUGUCUUUGGUGUUGGGGCUAUUUAAAUAUGUAAGAACUGUAAGCUGACUUCAUUUUAGUAAGCAGAAGGAAUUUGCGUAACCUCUUUUAUUAAAGAUGGUGUGGAAUGAAUUCAGGAAAUAGCAGGGCUUUAUUCCUUAAACUGUUAACGAUAUUUCAAGAUCAGGUUUUAAUUAUUUCUCAUUACUUAUUAACCAAAUUAAAAAUUCUGAAUGGGCGAAGAAGAAGAGCUUGUGUAUCUUGUUAAUAUGCUGCUUGUGUUUGUUUUACAGCAAGAAAAAAAACUUGUUUCAGGUGAUAUCUGUUUUAAUUAGAUAACUACCUUUUCAACGAUCUUUACAUGUGUCAGUGGUGUUUAGAUAAUCAGCCAAAAGUUCAUAUGUUCACUGAAAGCUACCAGAACAUUACCAUUUAGACAAUGAACUGGAAGUCUACUGAGGACAUGCAUUUAGUCUCACAACCCAAGAAUGGUUUUGUUUCCAACUUUGUUUCUUCUGCUGGUUAGUCUUAUCUAAAACUAGAAGCAAGACAGAUAAGUGAAAAUUUUUUCAGUGUGGUGAAAUUUUCCCAAAAUACUUGAAGAUGAUACAAAAAGCAACUUUGAUUUAAAAAGAUCCUUCUUCCCCCUGUUUUUUUUAGUAUACUUGAAUUAACUUGCUUUAGUACUUUGUCUAAGAUGAGUGAAAUUUGCAGAGUCAGAGAAUACAUAUGAACUGUAGUGGGUGCCAUUUGGUAUAAUUCUGAAACCACUGCUGGUGUGCUACUUGAUAGCAGCUAAGCAUCUCAUCUGUUUGAAAGCUUACACACUACUGCUGGUCUAUUUUAAUUCAAGAUCAGAUGUUCAAUAUAGAUUUCCUUCCUCUCUUUCUUUAGUAUCACUGUCUGUGUUUUCAUUAGCAUAUUAUUUCAGUUGAUGCUGUAGGAGUUCAGUACCGUUCAGAACCAACCAACAAUGCACUAUCAUGCUCCUGCCGUAAGUGAAAAACCACAUGUUCAGGUGUGGGAUCCAAAUUUAGCUCUUUGGGGUAUUUAAAAAUCUACUGAAAAUACUGUUUUCUGAGAAUUUUAAAUUCUUUAAUUAAAAUAGCACUUGAUCCUUUAAAGUAGCAGGCUUAAGUUUUGACACACAUUGAUAAAGUGAACAGCAAUAAAAAGGCAUAAACUUUCUCUCUCUGAUCAAGUUUGCUAUGUAACCUGUAGCUCAUUUGGGUAGUAGGUAUUUAAUUCCAAACUUCAGGGGAACUUUACUUGCUGUAAGUUGUUAUGCAGUGAUGAAUCUCCAUUGCGAGGAGGAACCCCUGUGGCAAACGAAGAAUCUUAUCUGAACAUGUCUUGAUAACAACUUGUGGCUAGCUGUGCACAAGAGUGUGCGUAAAGGAUGCCCAGUUACACCAACUUGGGUGUUUAUGACAAUUUGAAAGGCUAAGACAGGUAGCACAAAACACACUCUGUGUCUGGAAGUAACGAUACUGUUUUCAACUGAACCAGGUUAAAAUCAAAGCAAACAGUAUAAAAAUGAAUUAUAACAAGAGACUGCUGGCAUGUAGGCAAAUGGCUACAGGAGUGUUUCUGAUCUGUAAACUAAUGUAAUAAGGCAAGUGUAUAUUUGUACAGAACCCCUUGCUCUGCCCCUUCCAAACCUAACAAUUUCAAUCCAAAUGAUAUUACUGCAUGGUGUGAUGCCUGUCAUGCAUCCGGUCUUCCUGUGUGGUGGAUUGUGUGGCAUAGUUAGUGCAGACAUUACAUGAAAGUGAUCUCAUAACAGAUUUCUAAUCCAUAUUUGUGUUAGGUGUGUGAAAUCCUCUGGUCUACUGUUUCAUACAUUUGCGAUUAAAUGUGGUGUCCCUUAAAUGAUCUCUUUGUUUUGCUCUAGAUGACUGCUUGCUAUUACCGUGCUGAGAACAGGUUAAAGUGAUUAAAUGUUACAACACCAGAACCACUGCCACUGUUCUUGCUGUAGGUAAACAUCCUUAAGAACAGCGUAGCCAGGACUCUCAAUAAAUUAAUUUGUUAUGUAGCUUUCCUAGCUGAACUGAGCUGUGCAGUAGGACUGUGUAUGUUUAAAUGGAAGAUUAAAAUGUUGUGUGAUGCUGAGCUUUUGGUUAAAAAGACACAUGCUGUACUAUUGUACAAUAAAUCUACAGGUUUA